AUGAAACCUAAGCGCUCAAAAUUCUCAAGAGCGCUUCUGGGUGGUAGAUACGAGAUAGCAGGGAAUCUUCCAAACAUGUUUCUUACUAUUUUACUACUUAUUUCAUCUAUCUUAUUCAAUCUUACAGAUAAUAUUCAAUUUGAUAUGCGUGUAUUCUUCGGUCUUACAACAAUACCAGGAAAAGAUAGCUACGAACUAUAUAAUUCAGAAGUCAUUGACUUUUUAACUCGAAACACUACAAUUUCUAGAGAAGAUUGCCAUAUUUGUCAAAAAAUUCCACAUACGCCAUUCAAUUAUACUUAUUCAACACCGCGAGAUCUUUUACUUUUUAUUUCUUUUAUAGGUUUUAAUCCAUUUUCAAAAGUUUUAAUUAAUAAUCUUCGAUCUUUUGGAUGUAAAGCCAAAAUCCUUAUAUUAUUCGAUGACAAAGGUUACGAAGCAUUCGAGAAAUCUGGUUACAAAGAGAAAAUUAUAAAUUGCUCAGUAUUUCCAUUUAGGGCAAAUAUUAAUAUUCUUCGAGAUAAAAAUAACAAUAAUAAACCACAUAGACUAAGCGUAUACGAAGCGAAAAUUAAAACUAUUGGAAAAUUUAUGGCUACUUACUCUCAUCUUUUUGAGAAUUACAUGACUUUUGAUCUCGCAGACAUGUUAGUACAAGCAGACCCAUUUAUCCUAAUUAACCAUAAAAGAGAAGUACAGUUAAUGCAUGAAAAUGCAUGCGUUGCCUGUGAUGAUGAAACAAGAGUUCAAUUUUCAUACUUUUUGAAAGGAGAUCUUGUCAAAUAUGGCAACUUUUCUCUUAUAACAGGUUCAGUGACCAUGGGAGACCCAUUUGAAUGCACAAGAUUCUAUGAUCUCGUUUCAUAUUAUUUAGUUAAAGACGGGCGUACUCCUCCUCAAAUAGUUGACCAAGGAAUAUUUACACAUUUAUUUUUCUAUGAUAUUUAUAAGUAUAUUGGCCUCCCAUUACGUGCUUAUCAUUUUCAUCAGGGAUAUAUUGCACCAAACAUUGAACUUGUUCAAGGAAAUAUUUUCGGAAAGGUUACAUUUUAUAAUACUAGUAUUUAUCCACCUGUUAUCAUUCACCAUCCUCAGUUUAGAUGCGGACCAUGCGAAGAUUACUUGUGGAAGUGCGCAGAAGUUAAAUCUAUAUAUACGACAAGCUGGAGUUAG